AUGGCCAUUACCAUCAGACCAGCCACUCCUGACGAUAUACCAUGGAUGGUCGACAUCUCCUCCAUUAAUGCUAAGGCCAACGUCUCCAGCUUUACUCGAGGUUUCAUCCAGAGCCCACUUCCUGCCGAUUUGAUUGAGAGAUGGCUCCCUCAUAUCGCGGUGGCCACCGUCGAUGGCGUCACCGCCGGCUUCGCCCACAGUGCUCCGGCACCACCGCCUUCCGCGCCGCGUCCUCCAGAACCAGUAUCGUGCCAUAUCGUUGAUAACGCCGCCCGUAUUUUAGUGGACGGACAGCCGCUUUCCACGCUCAACUACGAGUUCUACGGACCGGCGCUCGUGGCAGCCGACUACCGCGGCCAGGGCGUAUAUGGCACUCUCUUUCGUCACAUUGUCGCCACUGCCCGGCAACAGCACCGCCAGGCACUCGUAGCGUUUGUCGACGCCGACAACCCGGCGUCGCUCGCCGUCCACACCCAUCUCGGAUUUAACGUUAUUGACGACCUCGCCAUUCACGGCCGCAACUUCCACAUCCUCGUCUACCUGAUCACCGAAAACACCUCCACGUAA